UGAGUUUCCAAAUCCAUUCUUGUUUCAUAUCAUUAUAUACCCUCCCAAAAAAAAAGAUACAAUAUGGCUUCCAAGCUAUGUAUUAAUCAUUCCCUCUCAAUAAUAAUUUUCAUUCUCCUUCCCUUAUUUGCUUCAAUAGCACUCUCAGAUAGUCCAAACCCAAUUACUCCAACCUCUCCGGGAAAUGCAUGCAAAUCCACGCCAGACCCAACCUAUUGCAAAUCCAUUCUCCCUCCUCAAAACGGCAACGUUUAUGAUUACGCUCGAUUCUCAGUUAAAAAAUCACUAGCACAAUCUCGCAUAUUCUCCAACCUAAUCAACAACUAUCUCCGACGUAGUUCCACUCUUUCCACCACUGCUAUACGUGCACUUCAAGAUUGCCAAUCGCUUAGCGAUCUCAACUUUGAUUUCCUCACAAGUUCUUUUCAAACCGUUAACAAAACAACUAAUUUUCUUCCCAAUUUACAAGCCGACAACAUUCAAACGUUGCUUAGUGCCAUUCUAACAAACCAACAAACAUGUUUAGAUGGUCUUAAAGACACUUCUUCCGCUUUUAGCUUUAGAAACGGACUCACAAUCCCACUUUCUAACGACACCAAACUCUUUAGUCUCUCACUUGAUUUCUUUACUAAAGGUUGGGUUCCAAAAACAAAAACAAAAACCUCGUUUCAUAAUCAUUCAAAUAAAGGAUUUCGAAACGGGCGUUUACCGCUUAAAAUGUCGAGUAGGACACGUGCAAUUUACGAGUCGGUUAGUCGGAGAAAGCUUCUACAGGCUGAUGUUGGUGAUGAUGUUGUGGUGAGUAAUAUUGUGACAGUUAGUCAAGAUGGAAGUGGAAACUUUACGACGAUUAAUGAUGCUAUUGCUGCUGCUCCGAAUAAAUCUCUUUCUAGUGAUGGAUACUUUUUGAUUUAUGUUACGGCUGGUGUUUAUGAAGAGUAUGUUACUAUUGAUAAGAAAAAAACGUAUUUGAUGAUGAUUGGUGAUGGUAUCAACAAGACUAUUAUUACAGGGAAUCAUAGUGUUAUUGAUGGAUGGACUACCUUCGGCUCCCCAACAUUUGCUGUGGUUGGACAAGGAUUUGUGGGUGUGAACAUAACCAUUCGAAACACAGCAGGUGCAGUAAAGCACCAAGCAGUGGCACUUCGAAACGGAGCAGAUUUAUCCACAUUCUACAGUUGCAGUUUUGAAGGGUACCAAGAUACAUUAUACACACAUUCCCUUAGACAAUUCUACAGAGAAUGUGACAUCUACGGCACAGUUGAUUUCAUAUUUGGAAACGCCAAGGUUGUUUUCCAAAAUUGCAAUCUUUAUCCUCGUCUUCCAAUGAGUGGACAAUUCAACGCAAUCACUGCACAGGGUAGAACAGAUCCAAAUCAAGAUACGGGUACCUCAAUUCACAAUUGUACGAUUAAAGCUUCUGAUGAUUUGGCUUCUAGUGAUGGUGGUGUUGCGACUUAUUUGGGAAGACCGUGGAAGGCAUAUUCCAGAACAGUUUAUAUGCAAACAUUUAUAGAUAAUGUGGUUGAUGCUUCUGGUUGGCGUGCAUGGGAUGGUGAUUUUGCAUUAACUACAUUGUAUUAUGCUGAGUUUAAUAAUAGUGGGCCAGGCUCUAACACUGAUGGGAGAGUGACGUGGGAAGGUUAUCAUGUGAUUAAUGCCACCGAUGCUGCUAAUUUUACUGUGGCAAAUUUCUUGCUUGGUGAUGAUUGGUUGCCUCAGACAGGGGUUUCUUAUACUAAUACCUUAAUUUAAUUAGACACUGUAAUUAUUACUACAUUUCUUUAAAUUCCUCUCUAAUUACUUAAAUAAGUUGGCGAUCGCUUGUGUACACUACUGAUAUAUAAUGUACCAAUACUUGUACAUCAUCAAGCCGGCAUAUUGUUUCAUUUCAUUUAAUUAAAUUAAUGUCAUUUUUUUUUUAUUUUAUAAUAAAGAAAUAACUUAAGAGCAGUUUGUGAUGA